UUGUAUCUUUUGUUAUAGUCUGUGGAGAAGCAUUCAAGCAAGAAUUUCAUAGUACUUGUACAUAUGACAGUAAACUUUGAACCUGAAUUAAGGCAAGUACCAUGCUCAAGAGAUGGGAUUCUAACCUGCGACCUUGGGGCGCUUUCUCGUUUCCCGUAUGAACGUGUUAGGCACCUAUACACACGCGCACAUAUUAUAUAUUACACACACACACACACAAGUAUUCAUCGUUGAACAUACAGAUGUCAGGAAGCUAUAUCAUUUAUUUAUUUACUUACUUUCUUUUUAAUUAAUUUCCUUAUCCCCCAUUCCUUCUUAUAUUAACGUCUAGAUUUCACGUGUGAGACGAUGGCUCACUAUUUUUGCACUUCCCCUCCUGACCUGUAGGGGCGCCCGCGCGCACACAAUCCAUAUCGUCCGACGGCAGGCGCACCACAGAAGAAGUUAUUAAGGCGCCACGGUUGAAAGAAAUGCUAGGACGUCGUCAUUCAGGAGGUGUUCAAUUUUUUAUUUAUUUAUUUAAAAUAUCUUGUGAUUAGCAUUUAUUUUUUUUUUUUUAUUUUUGAACUACACGAAUGACAGAAUGUUCUUGUGAAAGUUGCUCUCCCAGGGAUUAGAAGAGGAAAAUGAGUGAAAACCGGGGAGGCUGGGUGAGAGGUGGACAGUCUCGGGGAAGCUGGAGGGGAGGAAGUGGUGGCCGCUGGAGGGGUGGAGGUGGCAGAGGGUGGAGAGGUGGGGAUGGAGGAAGUUGGCGAGGUGGGCGGAGCUGGAGGAGCGGAGCUGGUGGCUCUGGUGGCCCUGGUGGACGAAGCUGGAGGGGACGGUCUUGGAGAGGAGGCUGUUCGAGUCCCACAACAAGGAGUGUAGGUCAAGUGUUUGGGUCUCAGCAGCUCCAUGUGACUCAAGGAACUCCAACUGAACGAUGUCAGUACAGAGGGUGGAGACUCUACUUUUCUGAAGGUUUCACACGGAGUUCGCCGUAUGUCCAAAAAAUCCAAGCAUUUGAGCAGUAUUUCUCAUCACGAAUUGACCUCUAUGACAAAGAUGAAAUUGAGAGGAAAGGCAGCAUUUUGGUGGACUACAAAGAUCUGAUAGAGGACCAGCAGCUGUCCAAAGCACUGCCUGAUCUGAAAAGUGAGCUCAGAGACAUGCCAGAGAAGAUACUGGAUUGUAUGGGUCUGGCCAUUCACCAGGUGUUGACAAUGGACCUAGAGAAGCAUGCAGCAAAACUACAGGAACAGGAAGGGCUGCCCAGUGGGGCAACGGCCAUUGUUAACAUACCAUACAUCAAUGCCAGGGUGUACAACUUUGAGCCACUCACCCCACUCAAGAUGCUCCGUGCGAACCUGUAUGGGAAAUAUGUGGCCAUUAGGGGCACAGUGGUGAGGGUGAGCAACAUCAAGCCUCUCUGUGUCAAGAUGGCCUUCGUCUGCAACAGCUGUGGAGACACGCAGAGUCUUCACCUACCAGAUGGCAAGUUCACUACUCCCACCAAGUGUUUGCAGGCACAGUGUCGAAGUCGCUCAUUCACACCCUGUAGAAGUUCACCUUUGACAUUAACUGUGGACUGGCAGACUAUUAAGGUUCAGGAGCUGAUUCUGGAUGACCAGAGAGAGGCUGGCCGAAUUCCACGGACCAUCGAAUGUGAGCUCACACAGGACUUGGUGGACAGCAGCGUCCCAGGAGACAUGGUCACCAUCACGGGUGUGGUUAAGGUCUCCAACGAGGAAGGCAACAGCAGGAACAAGAAGGACAAGUGCAUGUUCCUGCUGUACAUCAAGGCAAACUCCCUGAGCAAUUCUAAGGGGCAGAAGUCGAAGGAGAGAGUGGAGCAGGAGGGCCACGGUGCCUCGGUAGAGUUCUCCCUCAAAGACCUGUAUGCUAUCCAGGAGAUCCAGGCGCAGGAGGACCUAUUGAAGCUUAUUGUCAAUUCACUCUGUCCAACCAUCUAUGGGCAUUUGCUGGUCAAGGCAGGGCUUGCACUUGCCCUCUUUGGUGGAUGUCAGAAAUUUGUAGAUGACAAGAACCGGAUCCCCAUUAGAGGAGACCCCCAUGUACUUGUGGUUGGGGACCCGGGUUUGGGAAAAAGCCAGAUGUUACAGGCUCUCUGUAACAUCGCUCCACGUGGCAUUUACGUUUGUGGAAACACGACGACCACGUCAGGACUGACCGUUACUCUGUCCCGGGACAGCAGCUCUGGAGAUUAUGCUUUGGAGGCUGGAGCUUUGGUUCUGGGGGAUCAAGGUAUUUGCUGCAUCGACGAGUUUGACAAGAUGGGCAGCCAACACCAGGCACUGCUGGAGGCCAUGGAGCAGCAGAGCAUCAGUCUGGCCAAGGCAGGCAUUGUGUGCUCCCUUCCAGCACGCACCUCCAUUGUGGCCGCUGCCAACCCCGUGGGAGGACACUACAACAAGGGCAAGACUGUCUCCGAGAACCUCAAGAUUGGAAGUGCACUCCUGUCCAGAUUUGACCUGGUCUUCAUCCUGCUGGACACCCCCAAUGAGGACCAUGACCACAUGCUGUCUGACCAUGUGAUAGCCAUGCGCACAGGGAAUAAUGGGAUCCGAUCGGGCGCCACUGUAACCAGGGAUGCAACACAUGAGUCCAACAUCUCUCUACUGGAGAUGGUUGCUGACAAACCCUUAUCUGAGCGGCUGAAGGUCACCUCUGGAGAGACCCUGGAUCUGAUCCCACACCAGCUGCUCAGGAAGUAUGUUGGUUACGCCAGACACUAUGUCCACCCCAAGCUAUCAGCUGAUGCUGCACAGGUGCUGCAGGAGUUCUACCUGGAGCUCCGGAAGCAGAAUCAAUCUGCAAACAGCACUCCCAUCACCACACGGCAACUGGAGUCCCUUAUUCGCCUUACCGAGGCAAGGGCAAGGCUUGAGCUACGAGAAGAAGCCACAAAAAGUGAUGCCGAAGAUGUUGUGGAGAUAAUGAAACACAGUUUACUGGACACCUACCUGGAUGAAUUUGGACGGCUGGAUUUUGAACGCUCACAGCUUGGCUCUGGGAUGAGCAACAGGUCCCAGAAAAAGAAAUUUGUUACUGCGCUCAACCAUAUAGCAGCGCGGUCCUACAAAACAGUGUUCGAGUACCAGGAGCUGCGGCAGCUGGCCACAGAACUGCACAUACAGGUUGCUGACUUUCAAGGCUUUAUCAGUGGCCUGAAUGAACAGGGUUUCCUACUGAAGAAGGGACCAAAGACUUACCAACUUCAGACUGUCUAACCAGGAACGCUUGCAGCUUUCUUCCAGCACCUGUUUGCCAUGUAUUAAAAGGUUAAAGUAGAUUAAUACAUGAAGUUAUUACUUAAAGUAAUUGUAUUACUUAAAUGUUUUCUAAA